AUGGCCGAUAGUGAAAGUUGGAAUCCCGGCUGUAAAGAUGCAACUACUUUCCACCAAGCUGAUCCAACAGGUUUCUUUAUUGGCUUGCUCAAUGAUCAACCGAUUGCCUGUAUAUCGGCCGUUAAAUAUGAGGAAUUUGCUUUUAUCGGAUAUUAUAUCGUUGAAAAGGAAUAUCGAGGUAAAGGCUAUGGAUUAAAGCUAUUUCAGCAUGCAAUGAAUACCGUCAAGGAUUAUAAAAAAAUCGGACUUGAUGCUGUACUUCAACAGGUAAGCAAUUACCAAAAGUUUGGCUUUCAAACUGUUCAUCGUAAUAUGCGCUACAUUGGACCGAUUGGUAAAUUAGAGAGCCCUUGUGAUAACAUUGUGGAAGCUAAAAGUGUGGCCUUUGACAAAAUGGUAGAAUAUGAUAGACACUUUUCCCCUGGCCUUCGAAAGUACUUUUUAGCUUCGCUAAUGAAUACAGGAACAGAUCGUAGCUUGGUUUAUUUGGAUAAUGAUAAAGCUAUUCAAGGAUAUGGUACUAUACGAAAAGCUGUUUUGGGCUAUAGAAUUGGGCCUUUAUAUGCAGAAAAUACUGACAUUGCCGAGACUUUAAUUCGUGCGUUAGUAGAAACAUUCCAAGAUUGCAAAAUUCUUUUGGAUGUUCCAAUGGAAAACGAAAUGGGCAUCAAACUUGUUGAAAAACUACAAUUAGAAGCAAUAUUUGAAACUGUCAGAAUGUACACAGACGGAACCUAUGCAUAUGAUGUCAACAAAGUUUUUGCUGUUACUUGCUUAGAACUUGGAUAA